AUGUUCAACGCUGGUAGAAUAAUCAGUAGACAGAGGGGUCCAGGGAUAAGAAGUUGGAAAAACAAAGCUCCUCCAGUUUGGUUGAAAGUUCCUAAAAAGUACAGAAGGCAGCAGCGUUAUUUAGCUGCAAAACAACAAGAAACAAACACGGCCCGACUUGAAAUUUAUGAAGCAUCACUGGAGUCUUUGUCGAAGAAACCCUAUCCUUUUGUCUGGCAGGCGCUCGUCGCCUCACUAAUCGGAAUAGCUAUUUUUUUAUUUGGUGUGUUUUUAUGUUUUGUUGGAUUCAAAGCAGAAUACAGCCAAGAUGAUUUGAAAUCUUUCAGUUAUGAGGAAUUUUUGCUGAACCACCAUGCGGAGCAAGCUCAGUUGAGGCAGGAAAUUCAACGCCAGCAAGCUCACCUAUUUAUGGACCGCGAGAAAUACGACGUAGUUUACGUUAGAAAUUUGAAAAAUGUCGUUUACAAAGUCUUCAACAGCAACAAAAUAAAAGCAUUUCGCGAGCAAGAGCGGAAAAGAGAAAGCAUUGGCAAAGCACACCAUUUCAUUCCUAUUCCAACCAACUCCAUUUUAGAUAACUCUACGAUUAAUGAAAGAUUUUUGAGGGAACAUGUUGAAAUAAAUGAGAAUUUUUUAAAUGUUACACAAUUGUUAAAAAAUAACAGCGUAAUAAGUGAAAUAUUUGAUAAAAUAAAAAAGCUCACAUCAAACAUAACGGAUAGUUUUAUAAAUGAUGAACUUAAAAGCGCGAAUGACAGCGAGGCAUCCAACGAAGCAACUGCGAAGAGUUACCAUGAUGAGCAGAACUCACUAUCCAAUUUCAAGUUUUUAAUAUACGUCGGACCGCUCGUCAUGAGCAUUGGCAUAUUUUUCGUCAUUCUGUCGUUCGUCGUCGUCUGCGAACUGAGGGAAAAAGUGGAGGCAGUCCCAAUUAAGAGAGAUAGAAAAAAAUUUGAAAAAAAAUGUGGCCCCCUGUUUAGAAAUUCGCGUAAUUAUAAAUACGAGAAAGAAGAUUUAAAUUUCUUCAAAGCGGUCGUUUACGCUCCAUUUUUGAAAGUUGAUAGCAGAAAGAAGGACGAAUUCGUUAAAACAAUGAAGCAGAUGUACCUACAAGAUGACCAAGAUAGAAAUCAAGAACAGCAGUACAGUAGUACAAAUUCCGUCAUAGCCUUACGAAAAGUACUAAACAUGUUCAGUUUUUGGGAUAAGUUGUACCUGAGUGAACUUCAGCACAAAUGCUAUUAUACGUGGGGAAAAAAUGUUUCCAGUGCUAAGGGUCGAUACGGAGGGUCCAUCGCAUUCAAUUACGCAGUCAAACCAAACAACAGCCGUGAUAAUAAUCACACCACUAAGAACUCGAGACGAAAGGACAUCAUCUCACUUUGCACAUGCACGUUGGAGCGUACGAACCUCAACGUUAUGCCAAAUUUGCUCAAUUACGUUUUGAAACUCGUGAAGAUUUUAGCAUUUCUGUAUUUCAUACUGCAAUGUACAAAUCAGCAACAAGAUUUGCAAAAUUUGGUUUUCACGGAAUUUUUCAUGCACCUGGAUACUUCAAAAGCAACUCCAUCAAAUCGUAGCAACAACACUGGCCAGCCAUGCCUUAAAACCACCGACCCAGCCAAUUACAUGGUUGUUAAUCGGGUCAGGUCACUGAUAAAUUGUGUCAAGCUGUGCGGAGAACUUCAAAAUAGUUAUUUAGAUUGUCAGCUGAUGAGUUACUCGCCCCAGAAACAAACGUGUGUGAUGAUGGAUCCUUUGAACUUUGAUUUGAACUACAUCCAGACAUUGAAUGCCGCAAAUGCUCCAAGAAGGACGUCAAGGACGGGUUUUCUUGUUUGA